AUGACUUCGAAUUUAAAGAGCCUGGUGCAACAGUUAAAGAGCGAGCAACGGAUGGUGUGGAUUACGCAAGGGAGGUCUGUCGACGAUGUCUUCAACCUACUGAAGCUGAAUGACGACGGUCUAAAUGUCCUUCGAAGUCGAAAGUUCGAGGUACUGGAAGACUACGUUACGAAGCUUAAUCACGGGCAGUCAGUAGAUGAAACGCUGGUAAAGGUCUUGACGAAGCACAUGGACGGAGAGGACAACUUGGUGAGACUGCUUGACCAAGCAAAGUGGAGUACGCGAUCGCUCGACAAGGCCAACCAUCUAGAGACUGCUCUAUUGACCAAGUGGCAAAACGAAAAAUUGUUACCAAUGAGUGUUUGGUCACGACUGAAGUUCAGUGACAAUGUGGAUGACGCUCUGGACAGCAGGAAACUAAAUAUGUUCUCCAACUAUAUCUCGAAGUACUUUCCGGACAACGAGAUGUCAGUGCUUGAGCGAUUCACAGCGAAAUACGGAGAAGUCUCGGCGGCAAAGGCACUCAUCACGGCCAAGCGAAAAACGGCAACGCAAGAAUUCGCGACAAAGCUACAAGCGCAGCAGCUAGAGGGCUGGAUGGCGAAGAUAAAAGAUGACGGGGUAAAAGCGAUGAAAAGCCGAAAGUUGGACGUUCUAAGCGAGUACAUUACGCUGUCCAAUGCCAACAAGAGGCCCCAAGAUAAAACGCAUUUGUUUAGGGUGGUGAGAAAAGGCUUCGGUGACGGGGACCUUGCCCGUGUGCUCGCUACGGCGCAGGCGACAACAGAUCCACAGGUAAUCGCGAAUGCCAACAAAUAUCAGAAUCAACUGUUUAAGCGCUGGUUUCAAGGCAGCGUUGAGCCAAAGGACGUGUACACGACGUUUCUCAGUGGCAAGACCGGUGGAUUGGAAACAGUGAUUGCAACUCGAUACGCGGAUUUCUAUCAUAAACGCCAGCCCAAGGUACACAUCUUUAACGACCCCAGGCGGUUUUAA